UGUAACAAGUACUUAUUACUACAAGUUGUCAGCAACAAGUGUUUCUUGUAUCUUUGGAAAACUUGUUGGUGACAAGACUUGUCCGUAACAAUUCUUGUUACCAACUAGACUUGUCCGCAACAAGUGUUGUCGGUAACAAGUAUAAACAUAACCUAUAUUCAGAAGUACAUUCACAUGAUAAAAAUGUCUAAACAUUUUGCAGUCGCUAAUAAGAUUCUUAUCCUACAAGAAAUCAGAGAUAAGAAGGAGACACUGUUUGGACCAUUUUCUUGUACCUUAACAAAGGAAAUGAAAACAUCAUGCUGGAAAGAAAUUCAUACUCAAUGUGGCAGUUUGGGGUUGGUGGCGGCUGAUAAAGAAUGGACUUACACUCGUGAUGUAUUGUGGCAGAACCUAAAGAAAUCAACAAUGAAAAAGGUUGAUAACCGAAAGAAGACUGGAGCAGCAGGUGGUCCUGACUGCAAAUACGCUGAAGUGGAUAUCUUAGUUUUAGAUAUUAUUGGAAAGGAUAGCCCUGUCAUUCAAAGUCUUGGUGUUACUGAGACGUGGGAAGCUGUAGGUGUUGAAGACAUCAUUGAAACAGUCAUGCCUGAAGCAUAUACAUUUGAAGUUGUUGAAAAUGCAGGGAAUGUUAGUGAAUUAGUUAGUACACCUACAGGAAAUAAUGAAGGGACAAAGAAGAAAAGAAAUGAUUCUCAAGACCCAUUGUCACAAGAGCCACUGCAUCAGCUGAAGAAGAAGAAGCUGAUGUUGCAGGUGGAAUUUCUGGAGAAGGAAAACUACCUUAAGACAUUGCAAAUUUUGAAGUUAGAAAAGGAACUAGAUCUUGCUCCCUCUAAGUUUACAGAAUCAUUAACGUCUGUUUCUUAUUUGGUAGACUGAGUAGAUGAUACAAACCAUCGCAUGUACAAACUGAAAUUACUUAAGAGCACUAAGUACAUUUAAUUUAGGCUAUAUGAUAUUGAUGAUAUUUAAACAAUGUCUGUAGAACAAAUUUUUUAAAAUACAUGCUUCAUUGUGUCAAUGUUUUUCAUUUUCUGCCACAGUAGCUCUAUUAAUGUUCAUGCAAAAUGUUAGUGGUUGAAGUAAUUCAGUAGUUCCUGCAAUCUUUGUCUUGCAUUUGGAGGCGCAUGGUUAACCUCUUCAACAAUUUCAUUUUCCAUAGGUUCUUCAUGAUUGACUGCUGAUAGGUCAAUGUACUCCCCCUCACGUGAAAUGUUGCAAAGUGUUGCACAACACUUAAAUACAUUAGCAGCAUAAAGUGGUGACAGUCGAAGAUAAUUGAGACAAGGGAACUUCUCUUUGAGAUUUCCAAACACAUUCUCAACAAUGCGUCUUGUUUUUUUAUGUGCUCUGUUAAAUGCCAAGCUUCCAGCAAGCACACAGUUUACGGUUGGCGUGAUAAGCCAUUGCAGCAAAGGGUAACCAGAGUCACCAAGGAUGAUGGCAUUUGGGAUUGGACGCCAGCCCCCUUCCAUUGUUCGGAACAGGCUACUGUUCCUUAAUACUCUCGCAUGAUGGACGCUGCCAGGCCAUUUGGCACUCACAAAGUAGAUUUCCAUAUUUGGACCACAAACUAUCAUGCAAUUUAUGGAGUGAUUACCAUUUCUAUCUACAAAAGCAAACACAUAGGCAGGUGGAGCAUCUAUUUUAAUUAGUGUGCCAUCAACACAUCCUAUUAUGUACUUGUGGGAAAUGCGCCACAGCAAAGAAUUUUGCAGAGACGUUGAGAACAUUCUCAGGCCACUUUAUGACAAUGGAAAAUUUUACUUCAUUUACUGCAUUCACAACACUCUUCACACAUCUACACACACUUGCCUUGCUCACUCCAUGUGCAUCUGCAAUGACAUGGUAUUGUCCCCCAUUGCCUAGCCAAUGCAAACCAAUGCAUAACUGUAAUUUUGAAGGUAAUGCUUGAGACCGGUUUGUGGGGUGAAAUAAUAUGUGCCCAAUGUCCUCAUGCAACUGUUCCAUUUUCACUGCAUUCAUCCGAAACCGUUCAUUAAAUUCAUGCACUGACUGAAAAUUGCCAUUUAUUCUUUCUCUGAAAAUUCUUCUCCUUUUUGGUGGAUUCUCUUCAUCUUCAGAAGAACUAGACCACAUUUUCCCUUCAAAUUAAUGUUUUAAACUCACUUGUAGAGCAGUCUACCUACCUACUGAGACUUGUAAAAAAAGACUUGUUCACAACAAUUGUAACCUACAAGUUUGAGCCAUUAUCUUGUUGGUAACAAGCACUGCACUUGUCCGCAACAAGUAUUUUUCUUGUAACUUGUCCAAAUUCACUUGUAAUCACAAGUGUCCACUUGUAGUUUUGUGAAACACCAUGUUUACAUUUUUUUUUACAAGUUUGUCAGGAUUUACUUGUUACAAACAAACUUGUAGCUUUGUGAAACGGGCCCCUGUUGUGUGUUUUUUUUUAUGUUACAUAGCUAAUAAUUUUAAUAAAGUGAUAAAAUAGCUUAAUUCAGGUAAACAGUUAUGCCUUCUGUGCUCUGUUUGCCCAAUGUUUGGCAGAAGACUGCAGAUAGUAAAUAGAAAAUGGGAAAUAAAAAUCUGAACUGAUAACUGCACCUUUGCAGAAUACUAAUCAAAUAAAAUUAUUUAUACCCAAAAAAUUUAUAUAUAAACUAUACACAUACAGACACAUAGAGAAAAUAAAUUAUAUAUAUUUAUAUUUAUUUGACCAUUAAUUUUAAAUUGUCUUCAUUAUUUUUUUGAAUAGUACAGCUAGGUCUUUCCAUCAGUUUUGUUAUGAAAUUUGAUGUGAAAUUGUUUUUUAACCCUUAGCCGGAGACGUGAAAAUAUUUGACAUAUCUGGUGACGUGGUGCCCCUCAGACCCCAAAAUGUUUUGUAGAAGUUAACUGAUUAGAAAUUAUUUUUGUUACAUGUAAAAUUAUUUAAUGCCUUUUUUAUACUUAUUUAUUAAAUUAAAAAAUAAAUUAGCAAAUAAUUAUUCACCAAUUAUAAAAUACAAUUUUUUCCAUUGUUGCUUGCUCAAAUAAA